CACCGUGUGGCAAUAUUUUGCAGACCGCGCUAUGGCGGACAAUAAGCACUAUGAGGUAGAAAAGAUUUUGGACAAAAGCAGUAUAAAUGAACAAAUCUAUUACUUGAUUCGAUGGAAGGGGUUCGGAUCAGACUGGGACACGUGGGAACCAGUGGAUAACCUGAUUGAUUGCCUACAGCUUGUUCUGGACUUUGAUGCUGCAAAGGAAAGAUCCUCACAGUUACUGGAUUCAUCUUUAGAAGCUGUUGCUAGAGGAAUUCCCAGUCCAAAGAAAGAUGGCAAAACUAAAAACAAAUCUUCAUCUGUGAGCAAAUCUUCAAAUGUAAAAAGCUAUGUGUCAUCCAUGAAGAAAUCUCCAAAAUCUCCUAGAAAAAGCCCAUAUAAAGUUUCUGUUGAAAGUGUUAAAGGGGUCAAGGAUGAAAAGAUGCGAAAGAGGCUUGCAAGGGAGAAGGGAAAGCUUUUUAUUGACAUGAAAAAGGAAACAUUUAUACCAACAAAGAAUGAAAGUGGUCAAGGUCCUGGGGAGGGUGAAAGCUCAAAUGCAGCAAGUGGAACUAGUCCAGAGGGUCAGAAAUAUCCAAAGAGGGAUUCUAGUCCAAGGUCACCACAGAAAAAUGAAGGAAAUAUUUCACCAAAGAAAGACACUGAAAAUAAGCUUAAAACAGAUGAUGUUGAUUCCAAAAGUGCUGAAAAGGAUUUAAAAACAGACAAAAGUCAGUCAUCUUCAAAAAAGAAAGAAGAAAAAGAUGUAAAAGAUACAAUAAAGAAAUCGAUGGAUAAGGGUUCACCCAAGGGAUUGAAAAAAUUAACAAAAACAAGUGCUUCAGAGAAAGUUAUACGUGAUAAAAAGUAUAAAAAGUCUGUAAAAUAUGCUAUGAAAGUAAAACUGAAGCCUACAGGAAAAGUGAAAAAGGAAAGUGAUAAAAAAGACAAAAAGAAGAAGGACAAAGAGGAAGUGAAAAAACUUGUUCAGAAAAAAGUUUCCAAAGAAGACAGUAAAUCAGACAAUAGUUCAGAGGUAAAAAAGAAAUUUAAGACAUCUCAAUCAGGAAAAACUCAGAAGACCGAGAAAUUCACUGACAAGUCUACAAAGAACAAACCGGAAGGAGAAAAAGCAAAGAAAGGCAAAGCCACCAAACGUAAAGUGGAAGAGGAUUACCACAUUGUGGAGUGUUCCACCUCAGAUACUGACGAUGAACCUCUGUGUAAAAUGAAAGUCAAGAAAUUGAAGAAGAGCAGCAGUGAUUCUUCUCUUGUGAGCAGGAAGAAGGACACGAAGAAAGGUUCUCCCAAGUCGAAAACUGGUCAAGAUGGUAGCAAUCAGGCUGUAAAAGUCAAGCCAAAACAAUUGACUGUAAACAAUGUAAAGAGGAAAUUAGAGGUCCGUGUUCAACCACUGGGCUCCACAUCCAAAUCUAAAACAAUGAGACUCAUUGACAGCAAAAAGGGUAAAGAAAUGGCAAAGGUUCAACCUGUUUCACCCAAAAUUUCCUCCUACACCACAGUAAAGCCAGUGACUAUAAGUGGGGUGGGAAUAGUGAAUUUGGUGGUAGAUGCAGAUCUUGCCACACCCCUAUCUGGAGAUGUGCCGGGGAACCAGUACCUCCCUUCUGUGACUCCAGUUAGCCCCUCCUCUGUCUCCUACAAGUCUCUGUUAGACAACAUGCCACCCUCCCUUCUUGCCAAGAAAGGUGGAGGGAAGAAGAAAGACACGGAUGAUACAUCAGAGGAUGACCAGGAGAAAGUGGAGAGACGGAUUAGUGUACGCCAAAGUGAAUGUGCAUACAGGUAUAAGGAUAUUGUUGUGAGGAAAUGUCAGAGAUACACUCAGAUCUGGCUUAACACUCACACCAAGAUUAAAAAUGUUCUCAAUCCACAGGUUAUUCAAGAAACUCUUCAAGCCCUGAACUCUGCAAAGUAUGAUGACAGCAGUUUGAUUUUGUUCAGUGGACUAGGGAAUGUGUUUUGCAAUGGGGUGGAUUUGAUGUUUCUCUUGUCUGGGGAAAAGAGAGUUGUGGUUCGGCAAAUGGUGGAUGCUCUCAGAGAUUUUACAAAGGCUCUUAUCACUUUCCCUAAGCCUGUAAUAGCUGUGGUCAAUGGACCUGCUGUAGGCCUAGGUAUGGCCAUGCUUCCUCUGUGUGACAUUGUGUAUGCCAGUGACAAGGCUACAUUUUAUCUGCCAUACUCCACUCUGUCCCAGACCCCUGAGGGAUGUGCCUCCUACACUCUCCCGCAGUCAGUUGGCAUGGCUAUGGCAAAUGAGCUGCUGCUGGCAGGUAGGAAGGUGACAGCUAUAGAGGCCUGUCAGCUAGGUCUGGUGUCUCAAGUAUUCUGGCCCACAUCUAUGAUGCAAGAGGUCAUUCCAAAGAUACAGAACAUUGCACUACACUCAGCAAAGGCUUUAGAAACCACCAAGUUGUUGCUCAGAAGCCACCAAAGAACCAAAUUGGAGUUGACUUGUGAGUCAGAGAGUAACAUUCUGUUAGAACGCUGGCAGUCUUCAGAGUGUCAGAAAUCCAUUCAAGCCUUCCUCAACAAGGAAGAAAUUUACAGUUCUUAGUGGCAUAACAAGACUCUUAUCAAGGAUGUAAAUAACGAGAUCUCAGCAACCAGGAAGUAACGGCAUGUAGGUUACGACUCAGCAAAUGUGUUAUUUUCUUUUAGCGAAAUGUUUAUGUAUGUGUUCUCCCAAGCAAAAUUUGCAUCCUUUUAAUUCAGGAUGUACUUAUUACCUUUCAUUACAAAGGAAAUUUUGUCAGAAAGCCUCUGUGAAUUUAAUUGUCAAUCAGCAACAGUAAAAAUAAUGCAGAUACACAUACUUAAUUCCUUGUCUGAUUAAAUUACACUGUAAUUGGAGUUUAAAUAUUACCUACAUAUAUGUGAGGAAAUCUUUAUUUUCUUUGGGAAGUAUUUGAAAGAUAUGGGACUUAAAUUAAUAAAAACAUUUUAAUGGAAUUCAAGAUGCUGUAUUUUUGUGUGUGAAAAAAGGUAUUGAAACCCUUUAUAUCUUUAUAAAUUGAUUUUAAAAAAAGCACAUGUACUUUUAAUGUUUCAAAUUGAGUGGGAAUUUACUAAUUCAGGGAAAGUCAUUUAUUGAAUCAUCUUUUCAGGGAAAUGUAAAUAUACCUGUAUGUAUGUCCACAACAUAUAUUUUUCACGAUAUUUUUAUUACAACUUUAUUCUAGACUUGUGGAAAAAGUUUAGAGAGGUGGUUUCUUUUCUCCCCACUCUUUUUUUUUUUCUUUUGAAAAUUUGUUUAAUAUUGAAAGAAGUUUUG